AACACUGGUCCGCCCACAUGCCGUACGUUUGAAGGCCAUUUUCGCUUUUUCUUUUUUUAAGCGUUCGUCACUCAAUGUCCUCGGCUUUUCGGUAACGCGCGCGACCCUUGUACAGCCCUUGUGAGGGCGCGCAUUUCCCCCAAAUUCCCCAAUCUCUCUCCCCGCUUUCCAAACACAACCAUGUCGAAAGAGAACCGCGCUUUUGAUACGGAUGCCUUUGGUCCUGGGUAUGGCUUCGAAUCACAUCCUAGGCAGGCUGUUGAAAUGCCACCGACGUGGGUGCUUUUUGUCGGGCUGGGCUUCUUGAUAGGUGCACUUGGUUUCUGGGCCUAUGUAGCACUGAAUCUACUUGCGCCAACUCCACGUCCACCACGCCGGUCCGAGAAACAAUACAUCACGAUACUGCCCGACGGUGCGCGAAGCGAUCCCAAGGAAUUGCCGUGUUGGCUGGACAAAUGGGCCGCAGAGAAGGAAGCAGCGAAAAGAAAAGCAGCAAAGGAGCCAGGCAGCAAGAUUGUUAUCCCACCGCAAAUGCCGAUUGAAGAGGCCGAACUAUUCAUGAGUGUCGUGGUACCGGCAUACAACGAAGAAGACCGACUAGAAGGCAUGCUUGAAGAAGCCGUCCAAUUCCUCGAGAGCAAAUACGGCGAUGCACACGCUGGCGAAAAAGGCAGCAAGGCACAAAAAGGCUGGGAGAUACUAAUCGUCAGCGAUGGAAGCAAAGAUAAAACCGUAGACGUAGCCCUCAACUUCACAAAAGAACACCAACUCAGCCAGCACCCAAAACCCAAACCCGGUCCCUGGUCCUCUGACAGCGCAAACGCAACGACUCAGCACUCCACCCACAUCCCCCACGGCAGCAUCCGCGUCAUCUCGCUCGAGCAAAACAGAGGCAAAGGCGGCGCCGUAACCCACGGCAUGCGCCACGUCCGUGGCCGCUACAUCGUCUUCGCCGACGCCGACGGCGCAAGCCGCUUCUCCGACCUGGGCGCUCUCGUCCAAGGCUGCCAAAAAAUCGAAGACAAGCACGGCCGCGGCGUAGCAAUCGGGUCGCGCGCUCACCUCGUCGGCAGCGAGGCCGUCGUCAAGCGCUCCAAGCUCCGCAAUUUCCUCAUGCACGCCUUUCAUCUCUUGCUACGCAUCAUGACGCCCCCCGCCACGGCCCGCAUUCGCGAUACGCAGUGUGGGUUUAAGCUUUUCUCGAGGCCCGCGCUGCCGUAUAUCAUUCCGUAUAUGCAUUCUGAAGGGUGGAUUUUCGAUGUCGAAAUGCUUAUGCUUGCGGAGAGUGCGGAUAUUGCUAUGAUUGAGGUGGCGAUUGGGUGGAAGGAAGUUAUGGGGAGCAAGUUGAACGUUGUGUGGGAUAGCUUGGGCAUGGCGUGGGGUCUUGCGCUAUUGAGGGCGUGUUGGAUAGCGGGGAUUUAUCGGAGAGAUUAAAGUUACCUACAUUUGGAUCUGUGAUUCAGAAAAAGAAACGCUAGAUAUUUCUUCCUUGUUCAUUGAUAAUGUACAUGAUGGGUUUGACAUGUGGGAUUUCCUCAGUCAAACUUCAAGAUCCAGCCAUCGCCUACCCU